GGUGCCCGGCGGGGCCGCCGCCGUGAGGGGCCGCCCGGGACAGCAGCACCUUCGGGCCGCCACGGCUGGCACCAGGGAGACUAUGACCUGACAUAACUAGAGCUGUUGUUGGAGCUUGCUCCCUCCUCUGUGGCAAGAUGCACCUUUAGAAGGGAAUAGAGAGGAAGUAGCUACAUGUCUGAGUGAGUUAUGGCAAAGGAUGAAGAAGGAAGAGCAGAAGUUGGGAUUUCUGAGAAGAAACCAACAGAUAGUAACAAUUUCAAGAUGUCAGGUGGUGCAAAAAUCCCGUUCAACAUAAUUGAUACUGCUCUUUCUUCACUGAAGAACUCCCAGUCCUUCAUCAGCUCUGGAAUGGAUAUUGCUACUAAGACUGCCUUAGAUCUUGUGGAAAGUUUCAAUGAUGAAGAGGAUGUUACCAGUAUGGAAAAAGUCAUGUUAGAAUUUGCUGCAAUGGACAGAGAUCUUAAUAAUUAUAUAAGAGCAUUUGAGGAAACAGUAAAUCAGGUAAAACGAGAAAAACCAGAAAUUAUACCAGAUUUAGAAAAGUUGGUGCAAGAAAAAUUAACUGCAAUUGAGAGCAACAACAGUGACUCAGAUUUGAAAAGCAAUGAAAAAUAUAUGUAUUUUAUGGAUCAGCUUAAAGAGAUGAAAAAACAAUGUAAGUCUGAUUUAAAAAAAAAAGAUUCUAUGAAUGCUAAAUGCGUUUGUAAACCUCUUUCUCCAUUGGGACCCCGUUCCUUCUUGAAAAUGUUCCGCGAGGAACCGCAACUCCUCACCCUGAUCCGCGCACCUGACUCGGUGACCAACCACGACACCCUCCUGAGUCAACGGGCGGUGGUCGCUGUCAAACCGCGCCGCUGCUGCCUUGACUUGGGCGGGAAGGGAGUUCCCACCACACCCCAUGGCGAACCCGCACCGCAGAUGCUUCGUUUUUGGCGAGAAUAA